UGAGAAGACAGAAUGUUUUAUUCGUCAAGUUCGUUACGUCCGCGCGUGAUUCAUAAAGCGUAGUUGUUCUAGCAGAGAGGACCAGAGCAGAAGCGAAUUGCGCCUCAGCAGUGACCACUGAACGUGAGCCGCGGAGUUUCAGUUUGUCGAAACGAACGAGAAGCUUUUCGCCGGAUUCGUUAGCACGGGAGUCCGUUCAUUAUCACGCCCGUGACGAGUUUGAGUUCCGGUUUUUCAAGUGCACCUCGUGGGUCGAUCGGAACGUGAAGAAAGAAAAAGAAGAAACCACGCAGCCCGUGGAUUCAGAACGGUUGUGGUAAUAUGAACACCAUCAACUGCGUGACGGGCGCGUUAUCCGGACCCGGGGCUCCAGCAGUGCAUGCCGGUGAUUUAAUGGUGUCGCGCCUACACAAACCGGACGAACCGGUGCCGGAUGAUGGUCAGACGACUCGUCCCACCAGUGCGACGGGCGACGAACCCCAACCGGGCGACGCUGUGGGAGUAACGGCAGCAGCAGCAGCAACCAACGCAGAUGCCACUCCGACGAUGCCACCGGAUCUCCGGUCGGCCGGAUCGGCCACCGCGGCCCUGAACCGGCUGCUUACCGCUUCAGCCCAGAUGGGGUCCGGGGGACCGGCGGCAGCAGUGGCGGCGGCCUUCGGGGCCAGUACGAACCCGGCGGCCCACAAAAAGUGUCCUUACCACCGGCAUUGCUCGCGCGCGCACCAGCAUCCACAAUUCGCUGGCUUCGGCGUGCACCACCAGCGCCACCAUCAUCAUCCGUACGCGGCCCAGACCGCUCGGUACCGUUCCGUGGCGGCGGCUUCACCGUCAUCAUCCCCAACGAUCCAUCCCCAGCAGCGCGACGCGAUAUCGUCGAACGUGAUGCCUCCGCCGGCGAACGCGACCGUCCUUGCCGAACGCUACCUGAUGCUGGAACCGGUCGAGGGCAACAAUCUGUACCGCUGCUUCGACAUCCGAACGCACGAGGAAAUGGUGUGCAAGAUUGCCAAGAAUCCGUGCUUCAAUCUGCUGACCGCACACUUCCGGCUGGACGGACAUCCGCACGUGAACGCACUGCACAAAGUCAUCCCGGCCACCAACCAGACGUAUCUGUUUUUCAGCACUUCCAAGGGCGAUCUACACUCGUACGUGCGUACCCGGAAGCGGCUGCGGGAGCCGGAAGCGCGCCGCUUGUGCCGUCAGAUGUGUGAGGUAGUGAAAAGCUGCCACGAGCAGGGCAUUGUCCUGCGCGAUCUCAAGCUGCGGAAGUUUGUGUUUGCGGACCAUGAAGGGAAGCAUUUGAAGCUGGAAUCGCUCGAGGACGCCGUCGUGCUGAACGAUCCGGCCGAGGACCUGCUGCAGGACAAGCGCGGCUGUCCCGCCUACGUGUCGCCGGAAAUCCUGCGCACCAACACGACGUACUCGGGCAAGGCGGCCGAUAUGUGGUCGCUGGGCGUCAUCAUCUACACGAUGCUGGUCGGAAGGUAUCCGUUCAACGACUCCGAGCACGCAUCGCUGUUUGCCAAGAUCAGCCGCGGACAUUUCACCGUUCCGGAGUGUCUGUCGUCGAAGGCACGCUGCAUGAUCCGUGCGUUGCUCCGGCGGGAUCCGGAAGAGCGCAUCACCUCGGACGAUGUGCUGCACCAUCCGUGGCUGCUGCACGACGAUAGCAAGGACCCGGCGUACGGUUCGCUGGCGGCCAAUCGAUCGACCGGUGGCGGCGGUGGCGUCGGCAACGGUGGCCACAGUUCAACCAUGCACGAGGAUCAGCGCGUUCCCGAGUGGUACCACCCGUCGGAUGAAAGUGAUCCUUCGUCGUCACGCUACGCCAGCGGCACCCACGGAAGAUCCGGCGGCAGUUCGGCUGAAUCCUACGAAGGAGGAUCCGUCGUUUGAGCGGAGGAAAACGGGAAACAAAAGAGAAAGCAGGAGACUAGAGGAGACGAUCACGAGAGAGAAAGAGAAAAAGAGAUAGAUCGAUAGAGAGAGAGAGCGAGCAAGAAGUAGUGAUAUUCAAAGUGCUUCCUAAGCAAACAAGAAGCGUCCCUGUCCGUGAAGUGGUAAACCACCGCCCGUCGUCGCAACCGUUUACGUAGACAGAGCUCUGUGCUGUGAUGGAGAAGAGAAAUUGGCGAAAGAGUUGGCGAACCACGCGGGCGCACGGAGGGAGAAGGUGUGGAUUGACCGAUCGAUUGAUCAAUUGUAGGUGGUAACGGAUUUAAGCACGUUUUAAUCUAAGUAUCGACGCAACUCGCACAAGAUUAGGGGGCCGAAUAGCGGAUGUUCCGCUUGCCAUGUCGAGCUUAGAGAGCAUCGAUAUCGUGGGAUGUGUUGUGCGCCGAGAGAGAGAGAGAGAGAGAGAGAGGGGCCAAAGGACGACACCUAGACCGUCGCCACCACCAUCCGCAACAAAGCAGAUGGUUUGAUCAGUCUCCCCACCGCAACGAUCGGACUUACUGUGUAACAGGAUCGUGGUGUAGAGGAGCAGGUUGUUGUUGCGCAAGGGUGGCACAGGUGUGUGUAAUAUUCGUACAAAUUAGGCAUCUACUACCUUCGCUCGUCCGUCUUGCCGUCUGCUGAACCUAGUGGAUGUCUAACGGGGAAGAAGCAGCACGUUUAGAGGAUAGUGUACAUUAUUUAUAUCACCGUAAGCGGACGUGGACGCGACCCGAACAAACGAGGAGGCCACACCGGUCCAACACCGGCAGCUUAUCACGUCGCUGUUUCUUUCGUUCAUUCAGCCCCCGAUCCAUAAAAACGUGGGGAAAUCGAGGGCUGAAAAUUGGAUUGCCUUAUCAGCGUGUUGUGAGCUCCAAUUCGCUUCUCGUCUAUAUCUGUGUGCAAUCUGGGUCUGAGACACUUAAUUAGGGCACCCCUCCUCUUGUUGGGCACUUUGGGCGCGAGGACUUUGCGACCAUCGUCCCUGCGCCUUUCUGCUAACGCCACGGGAAGCAGCGCUCGGAGGUGAAGUGUAAUGUGUGAUAAAAGAUGGAUAGUAAACAAGUUUUCCGCCCAAUCCACGGUUUUAUACCCAAACACCGCACGUGGCCAUCCGCUGGUGUUGUGCCUCCUGCCUCAAGCAAUUUAACAAGCGCAAGAAGGACUUUCUUACCGCGCGCUUUCCGAUGGGGCAGCCGAGGUUUCCUCGAGCAGAGAAGCUCAGCCGAGAGAGAACGGCGGGAUGUGCAUUAUGCAAAGGAUUACACAAAAGAUCGCAAAAAAUUAUUUUCUUUCACUUUCUAUAUUUUUUCUACUGUUGUAAGCGAAUGAGUGAAUAGAGCGCAGGACAAAGCCAGCAAAAGUUAGUUAGGGUAGCGAUCGAAUUAUGAAAUUUACACACUUUAUGGGACGAACCUCCGAAAGCCACCAGAAGGCCAAUGAUGGCCGAACAUGGUCAUAGGUAUAUCUUCCCAACCAUUUACUGUAAGACGGGAGAUCGAGCGGGAGAUUGGCCCUCACGUGUGCGUACACGAAACCCAUCUCCUUCGCUGGCGAUCGUACCUCGUUUAAUGUCCCCCCCGCUGCACCGCGUUUUGUUCCUGUCAUUUGAUCGGCCGAUUUUAAAAGAAGUGCGUGAGGUAGUUUCGAAUUAUGUUGUUGGAUUUUUAAGAUCGCCGACGAACUAGUAGAGACGAUCGUGUAAAGCGAACAGACCGCCCGAGAGCGCGCGAUACAUAGGAGAGAGACGAUGCUAAACUAAGUAUA